AUGGUGGCCGCGGGAGAUCCUCUCCAAGGUCAAGCACGUCCAGGCCAAGCCUGCUGGCCGCCCUCGCGGGUGGCUGGCUCUGCGGCGACGACGGCGGCCUCGUCGUCCCCGGAGGCCACGAUGCCCCUCAAGGCCGACCUGGCGCCCUUGGCGCUCACGCCACUGGUGCGGGCCCUCGUUCACCACAAGCUGGGCGCGCUCGUGCGGGACAAGGUGGUGCACGAGCACGAGGGGUGGAGACUCGUGACCUGCAUCUGGCUCCACGCCGGUGUCGUCCGCCUGCUCGCCAACAUGCUCAACCUCAUGCUCGUUGGGCUCAGGCUCGAGCAGCAGUUCAAAUUCGUGAGAGUCGGCAUCAUCUACCUCGUGUCUGGCUUCGGGGGCAGCGUGAUGUAG